UAUUUAAUGUCAUUUCAUUUUUCGUUGUGCGCAAUAAAGUGAGCUCCUAGCAGACCAUAUAAAACGAAUAUCUGCUAAAGCAGAAGUGGCAGCUUGGAAAAAAAGAAAAACUAGUCGACUCUGCUUUUACGUUUUUACCAACAUAUUCACAUUUAAUCAAGAAAAGUUCGACCAAAUACGCAGUGUAAAACUCGACGGCUAGACGAAUAGGAAAUUAAAUAUGUUUGGGCAUAAGUUUAUAGUAUGCACGACUUUGCUCCUGUUGAGCAGCUCUGUUUACACGCAGUCGCUGUCGAUGAGCUUGAAAGAUGCCCAGUUUCCCGAGCAGGAAAAGCCGUUGACAUCGAGCAGCAGCAGCAGCUCGACUUCUACAACUUCCACUACAACCAGCACGACUAAGCCGCCCCCAACAAGCAGCUCGAGCAGCACUUCAACAACAUCCAAAACAACAACAACAACAACCACAACUACUGUCGCCCCAACCACCAGCACCACUGUGGCACCGAGUACCUCGACACCAGCGCCAGUGCCAACCACUACGCGCAAGCCUCAGCCAUAUCCAGAUCCAACUGUGGGCACAUGGAACUGCUCCUGCAUUAUGCUCACCAUGGCAGCUCAGCUCAACUUUACCUAUGAGACUAAGAGCGGCAACAUGACCAACGGCUUGUUCAAUGUGCCCAGCAAUGCUAAGUUGGAUCACUGCUUGUGCGACAGCCCCAUCACUCAGUUCAUGCAGCUGAAUUGGGGUCCAGUUGACGGACAGGAAUCGUUGGUGCUGCAGCUGGAGAACAAGAAUAAAUCUGUCUCACUUACCUUAAUCAAGGUGGUAAUGCCACUAUCCGCUGCUGACUUCCCCGACGCUAAGGAGAAUCAGACCAUCCAGUUGAUACACCAGAGCCCGAACACGGACUUCAAGACGCCCGAGAAGAUGUCGUACCAUUGCACACGCGUCCAGAAGCUCAACAUGACGGAGACAAUCAGUGGCAACAACAUCAUUGGCACGAUCAGCGUUAGCCAUGUCCAGGUGGAGGGAUUCCGCAGUGCCAAUGCCACUGGUUUCUCCUCGGUGCACGAUUGCGACAGCUCGGAGACCUCCGAUGUGGUGCCCAUCGCUGUGGGCAUCGCCCUUGCUGCUCUCAUUCUUGUGGUUCUCAUCUCGUAUCUGUGUGCGCGUCGUCGUUCCACCUCUCGCGGCUACAUGAGCUUCUAAGCUGAAGCUAAACAAGUUAGCGAUAGAGAAGGCGAGUAGAGCAGAGAGACAAAGAGAGAGAGAGAGCAGAAGGAGAUGGAGAAAUAUGCAUACGUAUAUGUUUUCACAUGAAUAGUGUCCAGGCAGUUGCAGCAGUUGUUGUAAGCGAGCGAGGGUUAGUUAGUGCGUUAUAAUCAAGAGAGAGUUGUAAGAUUGAUUUUCUAAUUGGCUGAAGAGUGAGAGGAAACGAGAGGACACUGUACGAGGGAAAGUAAAACAGGAUGCAAAUAUUAGAAAUUUUGUAAAUUUGUCUAGCGAUUCAUAUAAUUUUAUCUUUGAUUUUGUUUUGUUUCAAUAUUUAUUGUCUAAAUUUAAAAAGGGAAAUAUCAAAUUCUAAAAAAAAAAAAAAAACAAUUCUGUGUGUACAUGUGAGCGAGGCAUUCUUAAACUUAUCCGUAAUCGUAUCAAAUUAUCAAAUUAAAUACUUUUAUCACAUUUUCUACAAAACAAGCAACAAUUUAAAUUCACACAAUAUGCGUAUUCAAGCGAUACACAAAAACCAAAAGUAAAUAGAACACAUAAAUAUAUUACUCAAUUCAACGUCGAAAGGUGGGAAAAACGCGUGCGAGCAGAAUGAGAGAGAGAGGGAGAGGGAGCAAUUAAGAAAUACGACACUGUGGCAAGUAACGGUUAUUACGUAAAUGACAACAACAAACAGCGAAAAGCAGAACACUAAAUAUUUUA